AUGUCAUCAUCCGCAAGCGACAACGCCGCCAAAUGUCCUCUGGGCUUCACCGGCACUCCACCCGUGGGUCAUCCGGCCAUUCCCGGCCUAUUCGCAAGCAACGAUUCCAAACCUUUGUCGAGCGGUGCAUCGGAAAAGAAAGGCGGCUUGACCUGCUUGACCGCCUCUGAGUCCGAGGCAAAGGCUAGAUGGAGCCCUUCCCUGCUGCUCACCCUCGAUGCCAUCUUUCUCGCCGCUUGCUUCCUCGUCGCCAUCUACUGGCCGCAGCUCAAAGACUUGUCCGCGACAUUCAAGCUUGCGGAUCUGGUACCUCGCGUAUCCUUCAACCUCGGACGAACCUGA